UCUCUGUCCCUCUCAUCCAAUUCUGCGCAACUUACUUGCAAAUAACUUUUCCAAUCAUCAUCUUCAUCAUACUAUCAUUUUAAGAUCAUCAAGUACUCAUACGGACUUGUUGGUCAUUGGUCUUCCCCCUCAACAAUACCAGCACACAUACAUCAUAGGGAACGUUCCGAGUCCGAUGGCUAACAGAACCGCCCACAUCGAGCGGGAUCGCCAUGGACGUGAACGCGUGGUCCUCACAAACCACCGGCGCUCAUCGUCCCGGACCCGACAGAGCUCCCGCGAGCUCCUCGAUGAAGCCGAAAAACGGGAACAGCAUCUCAUUGCUAGAAACCAGGAUCUCCAAGCACAACUCAACUGGGCACAAGUGAACGAAUGUAACACCCGCAACGAGUACCACCGUCUGUUCGCUAGGCACCAGGACUUGGUUAACGACCAUUGUCAGUGCAGAGAUCUUCGGGCGCAACUCCAGAUCCAGACGGGCGAAAACAGAAGGCUUGAGGGGUUGAUUGAAGCUGAAAAGCAUGAAAAGGAGGCAUUGGAGGAGAAAGUCCGUCUGUUGAAGAGGACUAGUCUCGAGGGCUAUCGGCAAAGAUACGAAGAGAAGGCCAGAGAGCUAGAGAUUCUCAAGAGACAGAUGCAGGAAGCAGAGGAGCUGAAGCGGUUGGAUACCUUGAAGCUCGUGGAGAAGUCCCAGACGAUCCUCGAACUAAAAGAGCGGAGGCGGUUAGAUGCCAUAAGGCUCGAGGGGAAGACUCAGUUGAUUUCUGAUCUGAAAGAGCACCUGAGGCGUCUGGGAUACAGAUUCGACUGAAACACACUCUAUUCAUCCGCAAGAGUGCGGGGGAAGAUAAAGCGCCCACUUCGAGAGGUAGCGUACUCUUGUG